AUGUCUAGACGAAGUGGGAAAGCGUAAGUUUUUGUUGUUGAGACUAUGAAAUAUUUAUGUUUGGAUUUUAGAUCUGCGCAUAUUUCACAUGAGGAUAAUAAUGAAGAGUUGAUUGAUGAAAUUAACUCGUUUCAUGCGAAAGAUCGAGAAAUUAAAGCUGGAACGAUUUAUAAAAAACGAGUAAGUGAAUUUAAUGAAAGUAAAAGUAACACUCUUCCUUUUUAGAAAUUCGACCGCCCUGAAGAACUUCUCAGUGUUGAAGCUGAAGCAUCUGAUAGCAGUGACAACGACGAUGGAUCAGAUUUUGAUGAUGAAGAUAUGAAUGGUAUUGGAAAACAUUGAACAACUUCAGACAUCAAAUUCUAUACUUUCAGAUAUCACCGACAACAAAUGGGGUAAAAAACGAAAAGAUUUCUAUGGUACUGGUUUCGUCGAUAAAGAUUGGGGUGGAAUGAGAGAAGAGGAAAUGGAAGAUGCACAAUUGGAAGAAGAAGAUGCUUUGACAAGACAAAAGUUGUUGGAUAAAUCGACUGCGGUUAUUGCUGAUUUGUUUGAUGAUGACGAUGAAGAAGAGGAUGAUCAGAAUGAUCAAAGUGUACAGGUAAAGAAAAACUGGAGUGGAAAAGUAUCAAUUUUGAGCGUACUAUAAUUAAUUCCAGUUUGAACACCUGAGUUUUCUGAUUUCGUUUUCCAAAAAUCAGCAAUUAGCUUUUCAAAGGUUUCUUUUUAUUUUGAAAAAAAAAGAAGGCUUAAUGGAGAUUAAAGAAACAAAUAAAAUUUAAUCCUUCUUUUGACAAAAUGUUGCUCUUCUCGUUUUCUUUUUUUCAACUUCCUCUAAAUCAAAUGCUUUUUUAUUCAUUCAAUUAAGUCUAACAAUAAGUCUUGAUUCAUAUCAUUUCAUUUUGUAUCCAAGAUGAUCUCUUGAAAAAAGAAAAAUCAUGCGCGAUUUUCUUUGUUCAGAUCAAAAAUCCGAUUUAUCUUGCAGGUCAGCACAGCUCUUGAAUUCAAUGAAACGAAUGCAAAAAAGAAGAAUAAGAAAACGUUGAAACUUUUGGAACAAUAUGAAGCCAGAGUAAGUUCAUUUCAAAAAAAGGGAAAAGAUUUUCGAUGACCAUUUAGUUUAAACUUUUCUCAUAAAAUAUCCAUUCAUUCUUCUCACUUUUGUGUUCGAUUAAGAAAGAUUGCGCAAGAUAAAAAGCGCCUUGUUGUUUCGAUUGAUUGGCAAAAAACGAGUUUAUGGCAUAUAUCUAUUUGAUUUUUCUAUAGAAGGCAGAUAUUUAUUUGGUGAUUUCUUUGUUUUUGUUAUUGAUAUUCGAUUUUCAGAAAACCCUCAAAGUUUUCAUUUUUAUUAUCAAAAACUGAAUGUUUCAAAAAAAAACUGGUUAAGCUGUUCAAAUUCCCCAUUUAUCACAUGUUCAUCGAUUUCCCACUGAAAAUUCACACAAAGUUGUAAAACUGCUCAUUGUUUGCAAAAGUUACAAAGUAAACACACCGUUUUUUUCAUCAUCUUCUUAUUUUCCAGAAACGAAUAUUUGAUUUGGUUGUAAAACCGUUGGAUGGAAUAAUCAAUGAAUUACCGGAGAAAAGUGCGUUGAAAUCGCAAUUGGUUUAUGUGGCACAGACUUAUGCGGCGUGAGUUUUUGGGCCGACAUUUUUUCUUUCAAAAUUUUUCUCAACUCAACUUCAUUCAAAUUAAAUAAAAUAUAUUUGCCUUUUCAGAUAUCUGAUGAAUGUUGCGUAUUUAUUAAAACUCCGUGCAGAACAAUUUAAUCGCGAAAAAUUGGAAGAUCCACUGAUUGAUUUGCAUCCAGUUGUUGAAUCACUUAAAAAGUUGCAUAAGGUACUUAUUAUUUCUUCAUCCCUACUUUAUUUUAAAAUAAAUAUUUUCAGAGAAUCGCCGAAUGUGAAGAUUUUUUGCAUACAAAUUCAGAAUAUUUGGAUGAAUUGAAAUCGAUGGUCGAUGAGGAAAAUAAGGAGAAAUUGAGUGAAUUGUGCGAAAAAGUUGGAAAUGUUGGGUUGUCGAGGAAGAAGAUUGCGAAUAAGGUUGGUUUUUUGGGUAGAAUCGGGACUGAAAUGGGAAGGUAUAAAAAAUAUGUUCCAGGAACUCGAGAAAGAGUCGGUCGAAGAGAAACCGCUCAAUUACACCACGAUGGAUGGCGAUUCGGAAAGUAAACGAAAGGCAAAUGAGAAAAUUGCCAAAAAUAAAGAAUAUCAUGAUAAACGCGGAAAGAAGAAGGCCACAAUCAGUAAGGUGAGCGAUUUUUGUUGGAGAAGAGGUUUUGUGCAUAGGAGCAUAAAUUUGAAAUAUUGGAAAUUUUAAAAUUCACAUAUAGUUGUAGUUUUGAAAAGUAAACACUGAUCUUUAAAUUUCGUUUAAAAUUCUGUGAUCCGAAGUGUGAAAAUGUUCAUUUUUUGUUUAUAAAUAGUAAAGUUCCCUUUUUGUAAAGUAAUUUGUCUCUUCUUUCCCCCUAAAUUAUUCAUCUCAAAAAAGGCGAUGUUGUUAAAUUCAUUUUCUUGUUCCCUUAGCUGAGCGAAGCGAAGUUCGCUCCCUAUUUUCACAAAACUAAUGUGAAGCUGAAAUCUUUUCUCACCUACAGCUGAAAUCGAAAUCUUAGAAAUCAGCUGUUUCCUUUUGUCAGACUUUCCAGAUGAAAAAGAAAGUUUUGAGAAAAAAAUUUGCAAAACAAAAUUGAUCGCUUCUUUGAGAAAAAUGAACAUUUUCUUAAUGUGCAUUUUUCAUUUCAUCAAAUGUAGAAGAAAAAAAAACACAUUUCUCCUUUUUUUCCUCGUUCAAAUAGAAAUAAUUUUCUUUCCAUCUUAUUUGCAUUUUUUUCACAGAAAAAAAAAGAGAAAAGUGUAAUUUUAUAGAUAUAAAGUUGAGCUAAUUGACAACAAUUUUUUUGCAGACUAAAAAUCGAAAGAAGGUUCGAGCAAUCGAGAAACGUGUCAAAUCACAAAUUGGAAACGUUCGACGGGAAAUGCAAAAAUAUUCGGGAGAAACUGGAGGAAUUCGAGCGUCGACUAUCAAAUCGACAAAACUUAUCGCCUAA